AUGCAAUAAAAUAAAGGUGAAAUUUAAUAAAGUAGCAAAGUUCGGAUAUUGAAAAAAAUUACUAUAAAACUGUAAUUACGACUUGAUAAUGAAUAUAAUGAAGAAUCGAAUGAGAAUCAAAUGACAUAAAGUGCCUUUGUGUAUUAUUAGGAUUAGUAGGAAAUGAGUAUUGAUUUUGUUCAUAGCAAAAUGGAAAGAGACAAUAACAAUAUAUGGUUUGCUAAUGUUGAGAUUGAUCCUAAUCAUGGUUACAAAUACUAUUACAAAUUAUAAUAAAAAAACAAAAUCAAAUAGGAAUCACAAACAAGAUAUUUUAAAUAUGAUCCAUUGGGAAGAAUAGCAAUAGAUGAAUGGAACUGUGUUUGGUGUUUGUAUAGGUAUUAAGUGGAGGAUCCUGGGAUAUUGGAACAUUUUCAAUUAAAAAUAAAGGAUUAUCAGAAAAAGUCAUAUCAAAGCAUUGAUCAUUAGAAUGAUAAUGAGCCUGGAGUCUCUUACUUGGAGUGUUCAGAAACCCUUAAGCUUUAAGAUUAAUAGUUGAAACGAUAAUUUGCUUUUAUAUAUAAAAAUAACUAAGAUUAAGUGGAAUUGAGUAAUUAAUUUGAUCCAAGGAAAGGGAAUAGUUUUAUGAACAAUUUUGUAUUGAAUAAGUUUAAAGAGAGCAUAAUCUUAAGUAAUGAAUAAGAAUAGAAAAUCAAAUCGUGUCUCUCUAAAAAAUAAGUAGUGUCAACAUAAAAUAAUGACCAAUAAUACCAAAAGAGAAUACAGGAAUUAGAAAAUAAAUUUAACAUGAAGGCUGAUGAAGCACAUAAUUAUAGAUUGCAAUUAGAUAAUGAGAUUGAAGUAAAAAAGAAAACUUAAAACACAAUUUAAAAAUUGGAGUCUUAAUUGAAAGAUUUAAAAGAGUAAAAUAGAGAAUUAGACCAUACUUUGUAACAUAAUUAAUAAUUGUACGAGUAUAAUCUCAAAGAAAGGGAGUCUGAGUAUAAGUAUUAGAUUAUGAAGACCAUGGAAGACCAAAAUAGGGAAUUACAAGAUAAGUUGGAAUAAAUCUCAAAAAGAAACAGUGAAAUGUUGAAAAAAGAGUAAGAGAGAAUGGAGGAGGAUUAGAGAGCUUUGUAAACGAAAUCUCAAGAAGUAGUAAACAAAUAUAGAUAAAUGCUUGACGAGGCAAAUGAACAAAUUAGAAAUCAUGAAUUAAAAUCAUUUAAUUUUUAGAGUGAUGAUAUCACAAUAUCAUUUAUUCAAUCUGAAAUACCAGAUUGGGUUUAGCAAAAUAUUGGUGACCUAGAGUAGACAAUUACAUCAUAUAAGAAUAUCGAAGAAACUCUGAAAAAGGAGAAAGAUGAUAUUGAACAAUAUUAUCACGAAAAGAACAAGAAAGAAAAAUCAUUGUAUUAAAAAAAAGCCUAAGAGUUGCUUAAAAAGGGUGAAAAUUGUUAGAAAGAACUGGAUAAGUGUAAAAUUAUGUUAGAAGAUAAAAUAAAGGAAUCUGAGGUCUAGGCUGACGAAAAUAAUUUCAAAGUAUAAAAGUAUAAAGCACAGUUAAAUAAACUUAAAUCACAAUUAUAGAAGAAAUCUGAUGAUCUAGCAGUUUUUAUUAAGGCUUAUAAGGAGUUAGAAUAGAAAUUAGAAGAUGAGUAAUAAAAAAAUAUGUUAUUGCAACGAGAACUCGAUGACACAAUCAGAUCUUCAGAAAAAAAGAGAUAAGAAGAAUUUGAACGCUUUUAAAAGGAUCGCCAGGAUGAAAUGAAGUAGCUCCAAGAGGAAAGUUAACAAUAAUUAUUGUUAGAGAAGGAAAAGCAUGAACAACUUCAAAGGGAACAAAAAUAUGAACAACAGAAAUUGAUUGAAGAAAUGAUCAAAUUCACUUAUCAAAAAAUAGGAGAUGAAAUCUUAGUCCCCUAUUUUGAUGCUUAAAAGAAAUUCCAUGAUAAUCUAAUUUUUAAUUUCAAAAGCGAGAUUAAAACUGUCAUUAAAGAAAAUAUUGAAAACUUCGAAACUCCAGUUAAUUAAUUAUCAUAUAGGCUGUCUCAUAUUGAGGAAGAGCAAUUAGAAGAAUAGAAAAUGGAGGCACUACAGAAACACGAGGAUUUGGUUUCAGCAAUUCAACAAUUCAAGGAAGACUCAAAAAUCGAAAAUGCGAAGGGGCUAAAAUAGGCUUUCAUUUAAUAUACUAUUGAAUGCAAUAAAAUAUCUGAGAUGGCUAUGAAAACAAACUUCAUGAACAAUCAGGAUGGAGAAUAAAUCUACUAAAUAAAUCACUGGAAAUCAAUUUUAGAUUAAAGAUUAGAUUCUUUACAGAGAUUACUUAGUUUCUCAAAUGAGCUAUCAGAAUGGUAUCAACAAUUCCAAAGUAGCAGAGACAUUAUUACUAAAGCAUAUGAAGAUUUGAAAAUGAAACAUCAGUAUCAGUGA